UGGUGUCUCCCCACCCCGGCGAGAAGCUGCGGCUCUGGGGUUUGCAGCCGGACGAGGCGGAAGUCGCUCUGUUCCUUUACAGUCCCUCAGUCUGGCGGAAAUUAAAGAGCUGUAAGAGAGGUUCCGGAGCUGGCCUGGCGUGUAGGUGGCCAGAUGGAGACCGAGACUGUACACCCGCCGCUGACCCGCCGCCCGCCGCUGGCCUCUUCCUGGGAUGUCGCGUGCGGAGCCCUGGCCCAGAGUCUCCAUCUCACCCGGUCUGAUCUCGGCGCCCGGGACGCCGACUGGGAGGAGCUGCUGGCGCCGCCUGCCACCGGCCAGGAUCUGGUGAUUUUGAAAAGGAACGUGAACAGCCAAGAUGAAAACCCCUGCUUCCUUUACCUGAGAUGUGACCCUCCUGGAGGUGAAGAAAUCGUUUCUAUUGGCAUUUUAAGUUCAGCAAGAAAUAUGGAAGUAUACUCAGGAGAGGAGUACUGUGGAACCAGUAGGGGCAAGAAUGUUUGUAAUGUUCUGGAUAACAGUGAACAUGAAAAGAUUAUUUUGUACAAAAAAUAUCUAAAAUUGGAGUCUUCCACACAUGCUUGUAAAAUAAAGCUGCUCUCUUUUGGUGAAAGGCAGUGUGUGUUCAUCAGUAAAGUUGUGGUACACGUGAGGCCACUUCCAGCAAAUUCUUCAGCAGGCUCUCCUGCUCUAGGAUCAAGAAUAGACCUGGAGAGGGUCCAAACUAUCAUGGAGUCCAUGGGGUCAAAGUUGUCAUCUGGAGCUCAGCAACUGAUGAAUAUGGUUAUUUUCCAGCAACAGAAUUGUAUUCCCAUCGGACAGCAGCUUCAGUCAGUUUUGGGAAGCACUGGAUUCAAGCACAUGAUCGGACUGCAAUCAGCAUCUGCUUCAGGGGCCUUCGACAAGUCAUCCCCCACACCUUUCCCUUCCAGGACUGGAUUGACAUCUGGAAACGUGGCUGAAGACUUAAAAGCUUACAUUGAUAAAAGUACGCAGCCAGCUGGUGGAGGAAAUGUGACAAGCCUCCAAGAGUGUAAAAUUGUGCCACAAAACCAUUCUCUUCCUGAGAAUGAUCUUAAGAAUGCAGUAUCUUCUUUGCUACCAAAGAAAGCAAGUGACAGCUCACAUAUACCUAACUCUGAGUUGCUGCCUGUUCUGCAGAAUCUGUGUGGUCAAGUGAACCAUCUCCGUGUGGGACCCAACACCAAGUGGCAGGAAAGCAUCACCAAGCCCGGCGAAGGCAUUGUUGGUGUUACAAUGGAAGAGCAAUCCAUUUGUUCCUACUGGGAAAAGAUUCUUUCUAAAAAUAUGGAACUGAUGGAAAAGAAACUUAUGGACUACAUUGAUCAGCGAAUAUAUAAACUCCAGGAGCACAUAGAUAAUAAGAUUGCUUUGUUAGUGGACUUGCUGCAAAGUCCCAACUCCCCACCCUCUGGCAUGCCUCUAAGACAUUAUGACUCUGGAGAAAGACUUUCAAAUGGAGAAAGAUAGCACUGAACAUGUUCAAAAUACUACAGAUAUUUAUUUCAUAUUUAUUACAAAGCUGAACCCCCCAAAAAAGUUUAUGAAAAGCAGGUAUUUAAUGUCCUUUGAAAUAUUACCACUUAAUUAACGUGACCUCACUGUUCAUUUUUACUGCACUCGUGAAUCCAGUACUGUACACUGAGUUAACAUGAUAGGAUCAUAAGUUAUUUUUGUUUGCAAUAUUUUUCACUCUCAGUGAAAUUUAUGUAUACUUCUGGAUUAACUGUUUUUUAAGGAUUUCUAAAGCAGUUCAUUAGUUCGUAUUGUAUGUGUUUCAUAGAAGUACAUUUUUUAUUUAUACAAAGACUUUAUAGUCUUAGGCGUCUGAAAAAUAAUGCUUAGAGUAUUUGAUAAUUUUUCUUUUUCUAAUCAAUUGUUUUUGGAAAAUUGGAUACUUAAGACCUUUAAUUCAAAUCACUAGUUUACAUUUUGUAUUGUUUAUCUCAGUUAAUGAACAAGGUGCAGUGUUUGGCAUGUGUAAAAUGAGUUUACACUGAGGUUAAUAUUAUUUGUUUCAGUACAGUGUAGCAGUACAUAGGGAAGUAAAAAUCACAACUAGCCUAUUCCCUGUUAGGAAUAUUAUUUUAGAUUUAAUGUUUGAUGUAAAAUGAGAGAAGUCAUCUUGUUUUAUCUCAGUCAACCCAGAAAAUAUAAGGAACUAUUUCCCUUUCUGAGAUGAUACAGGUUCCUCUUUCCAGAACCUUGUUCUAUAUGUUUAAAGUGCGAAAUUCUGAGGUUCUGCUUUGAAGGGUUAGGCAUAUGAAUCAAGGAGAUUGCAAUUCUCUCAGGCAGACUUAAUUUUUGGAAAUUAUAACUAUUGUAUAUGUGUUGAAGGGUGAUGUAUUUGCAUUUAAAAAAUAAAUGUAUCCACUCUGGAAACUACUUGUCUAGGUAAAUACAAAUUUUUAAUUUUCAACUAAUCUUUGCUUAAAAUGCUGUAUUUUUAUGAAAAAGGGUGUUUCACAAUUGAUAUUUUGGUCAGUUCUUUAAAAUGAGGGCUAAUUUGUAUACUCUUUGUUAAUUUGUAUCAUACUACAAAGGUGACACAGUAUAUAGAACAUACUGUCACUAUAGCCACUUGAAAAUUUACAUAUUUUUCUAGUCUUUUCUAAUUUAUGGGACAUUCACAACAUACAUAGCUGUAAGAUAGUAUUUCCUUUGUUGUUCAGGAGGAAUCUGUCUCACUGCAAGCUGAACCCUUUAGUUAAGUUUUACAGCUUCUGGUGGUUGUAGUCUGUUGAUUUACAAAAUGCCUCCUUCCAGAUACAUGAUUCAUCUUACAAGCCUCAUCUUGAUUACAUCUGAAACAGAAAUAUGGUCAUGUCAAAAAGAUGUAUAAAGGUACAAUAUUGAAAAGAGAUGAUACAAAAUAUUCUUCAAUUAAAUUUUCCAGUUUGUAGAAGCCAAAAUCUCUCUAAAGAGACAAAGUCUUCAGUUCAGACUAAUGUAAGCUAAGACUUUGGAUUUGCAAGAUAGCAAAAUUCCCCUAAGCCUAAAUUUCUGAGUCCACAUGAAUUAAUUUAAAAAAUGAUACCUAUAUUAGAAUUUGAAUACUUUUCCUCACCUGCUUGCCAUUAUUAAUGUGCAGUAUGGUGGUCCAGUUAAAAUCCAUUAGCUUAAACAGUCAGCUCUACCCACCACCAGUCCCUCCCAUCAGGAAACUUGCACAAGCCUCUUAGAUAGCCUCAUCCACCAGAGGGCAGACAGCAGAAGCAAGAAGAACUACAAUCCUGCAGCCUGUGGAACGAAAACCACUUUCACAGAAAGACAAGAUGAAAAGGCAGAGGGCUAUGUACCAGAUGAAGGAACAAGAUAAAACCCCAGAAAAACAACUAAAUGAAGUGGAGAUAGGCAACCUUCCAGAAAAAGAAUUCAGAAUAAUGAUCGUGAAGAUGAUCCAGGACCUCAGAAAAAGAAUGGAGGCAAAGAUCGAAAAGAUGCAAGAAGUGUUUAACAAAGACCUAAAAGAAUUAAAGAACAAACAAACAGAUGAACAAUACAAUAACUGAAAUGAAAACUACACUAGAAGGAAUAAAUAGCGGAAUAACUGAGGCAGAAGAACGGAUAAGUGACCUGGAAGACAGAAUGGUGGAAUUCACUGCUGUGGAACAGAAGAAAGGAAAAAGAAUGAAAAGAAAUGAAGACAGCCUAAGAGACCUCUGGGACAACAUUAAAUGCAACAACAUGCACAUUAUAGAGGUCCCAGAAGGAGGAGAGAGAGAAAGGACCCGAGAAAAUAUUUGAAGAGAUUAUAGUCGAAAACUUCCCUAACAUGGGAAAGGAAAUAGCCACCCAAGUCCAGGAAGAGCAGAGAGUCCCAUACAGGAUAAACCCAAGGAAAACGCACUGAGACACAUAGUAAUCAAAUUGGCAAAAAUUAAAGACAAAGAAAAAUUAUUGAGAGCAGCAAGGGAAAAACAACAAAACAUACAAGGGAACUCCCAUAAGGUUAACAGCUGAUUUCUCAGCAGAAAUUCUACAAGCCGAAAGGGAGUGGCAUGACAUGUUUAAAGUGAUGAAAGGGAAGAAAUUGCAGCCAAGAUUACUCUAACUGGCAAGGAUCUCAUUUAGAUUCGAUGGAGAAACCAAAAGCUUUACAUACAAGCAAAAGCUAAGAGAAUUCAGCACCACCAAACCAGCUCUACAACAAAUGCUAAAGGAAAUUCUAUAAGUGGGAAACACAAGAGAAAAAAAGGACCUACAAAAACAAACCCAAAACAAUUAAGAAAAUGGUCUUAGGAACACACAUAUCGAUAAUUACCUUAAACGUGAAUGGAUUAAAUGCUCCAACCAAAAGACACAGGCUUGCUGAAUGGAUACAAAAACAAGACCCAUCUAUAUGCUGUCUACAAGAGACCCACUUCAGACCUAGGGACACAUACAGACUGAAAGUGAGGGGAUGGAAAAAGAUAUUCCAUGGAAAUGGAAAUCAAAAGAAAGCUGGAGUAGCAAUACUCAUAUCACAUAAAAUAGACUUUAAAAUAAAAAGAGACAAGGAAGGACACUACAUAAUGAUCAAGGGAUCAAUCCAAGAAGAAGAUAUAACAAUUAUAAAUAUAUAUGCACCCAACAUAGGAGCACCUCAAUACAUAAGGCAACUGCUAACAGCUAUAAAAGAGGAAAUCGACAGUAACACAAUAAUAGUGGGGGACUUUAACACCUCACUUACACCAAUGGACAGAUAAUUCAAAAUGAAAAUAAAUAAGGAAACAGAAGCUUUAAAUGACACAAUAGACCAGAUAGAUUUAAUUGAUAUUUAUAGGACAUUCCAUCCAAAAACAGCAGAUUACACUUUCUUCUCAAGUGCGCACGGAACAUUCUCCAGGAUAGAUCACAUCUUGGGUCACAAAUCAAGCCACUGUAAAUUUAAGAAAAUUGAAAUCGUAUCAAGCAUCUUUUCUGACCACAACACUAUAAGACUAGAAAUGAAUUACAGGGAAAAAACCGUAAAAAACACAAACACAUGGAGGCUAAAGAAUACAUUACUAAAUAACCAAGAGAUCACUGAAGAAAUCAAAGGGGAUAUCAGAAAUACCUAGAGACAAACGACAAUGAAAACACGAUGAUCCAAAACCUAUGGGAUGCAGCAAAAGCAAUUCUAAGAGGGAAGUUUAUACCUAUACAAGCCUACCUCAAAAAUCAAGAAAAAUCUCAAAUAAACAAUGUAACCUUACACCUAAAAGAACUAGAGAAAGAAGAAAAAACAAAACCCAAAGUUAGCAGAAGGAAAGAAAUCAUAAAGCUCAGAGCAGAAAUAAAUGAAAUAGAAACAAACAAAACAGUAGAAAAGAUCAAUAAAACUAAAAGCUGGUUCUUUGAGAAGAUAAACAAAAUUGAUAAACCAUUAGCCACACUCAUCAAGAAAAAGAGGGAGAGGACUCAAAUCAAUUAAAUUAGAAAUGGAAAAGGAGAAGUUACAACAGACAUUGCAGAAAUACAAAGCAUCCUAAGAGACUACUACAAGCAAAUCUAUGCCAAUAAAAUGGACAACCUGGAAGAAAUGGAUGAAUUCUUAAAAAGGUAUAACCUUCCAAGACUGAACCAGGAAGAAAUAGAAAAUAUGAGCAGACCAAUCACAAGUAAUGAAAUUGAAACUGUCAUUAAAAAUCUUCUAACAGGGGCUUCCCUGGUGGCACAGUGGUUGAGAGUCCGCCUGCUGAUGCAGGGGAUACGGGUUCGUGCCCUGGUCCGGGAGGAUCCCACAUGCCGCGGAGCGGCUGGGCCCGUGAGCCAUGGCCGCUGAGCCUGCGCGUCCGGAGCCUGUGCUCUGCAACGGGAGAGGCCACAGCAGUGAGAGGCCCGCGUACCGCAAAAAAAAAAAAAAUUCUUCCAACAAACAAAAGUCCAGGACCAGAUGGCUUCACAGGUGAAUUCUAUCAAACAUUUAGAGAAGAGCUAACACCCAUCCUUCUCAAACUCUUCCAAAAAAUUGCAGAGGGAGGAACACUCCCAAACUCAUUCUAUGAGGCCACCAACACCCUGAUACCAAAACCAGACAAAGAUACUACAAAAGAAGAAAAUUACAGACCAAUAUCACUGAUGAGUAUAGAUGCAAAAAUCCUGAACAAAAUACUAGCAAACAGAAUCCAACAACACAUUAAAAGGAUCAUUCACCAUGAUCAAGUGGGAUUUAUCCCAGGGAUGCAAGAAUUCUUCAAUAUACGCAAAUCAAUCAAUGUGAUACACCAUAUUAACAAAUUGAAGAAGAAAAAUCAUAUGACCAUCUCAAUAGAUGCAGAAAAAGCUUUUGACAAAAUUCAACAGUAAUUUAUGAUAAAAACUCUCCAGAGAGUGGGCAUAGAGGGAACCUACCUCAACAUAAUAAAGGCCAUAUAUGACAAACCCACAGCAAACAUCAUUCUCAAUGGUGAAAAACUGAAAGCAUUUCCUCUAAGAUCAGGAAAAAGACAAGGAUGUCCACUCUCACCCCUAUUAUUCAACAUAGUUUUGGAAGUCCUAGUCAUGGCAAUCAGAGAAGAAAAAGAAAUAAAAGGAAUACAAAUUGGAAAAGAAGAAGUAAAACUGUCACUGUUUGCAGAUGACAUGAUACUAUACAUAGAGAAUCCUAAAGAUGCCACCAGAAAACUACUAGAGCGAAACAAUGAAUUUGGUAAAGUUGCAGGAUACAAAAUUAAUGCAUAGAAAUCUCUAGCAUUCCUAUACACCAACAUUGAAAAAUCUGAAAGAGAAAUUAAGGAAACACUCCCAUUUACCAUUGCAACAAAAAGAACAAAAUACCUAGGAAUAAACCUACAUAGGGAGACAAAAGACCUGUAUGCAGAAAACUAUAAGACAGGCACUGAUGAAAGAAAUUAAAGAUGAUACCAACAGAUGGAGAGAUAUACCAUGUUCCUGGAUUGGAAGAAUCAAUAUUGUGAAAAUGACUAUACUACCCAAAGCAAUCUACAGAUUCAAUGCAAUCCCUAUCAAAUUACCAAUGGCAUUUUUUACAGAACUAGAACAAAAAAUCUUAAAAUUUGUAUGGAGACAAAGAAGAACCCGAAUAGCUAAAGUAGUCUUGAGGGCAAAAAGUGGAGGUAGAGGAAUCAGACUCCCUGACUUCAGAGUAUACUACAAAGCUACAGUAAUCAAGACAGUAUGGUACUGGUACAAAAACGGAAACAUAGAUCAAUGGAACAAGAUAGAAAGCCCAGAGAUAAACCCACGCACCUAUGGUCAACUAAUCUAUGACAAAGGUGGCAAAGAGAAAAGUCAGUCUCUUCAGUAAGUGGUGCUGGGGGCUUCCCUGGUAGCACAGUGGUUGAGAGUCCACCUGCCGAUGCAGGGGGCACGGGUUCGUGCCCCGGUCCGGGAAGAUCCCACAUGGCGUGGAGCGGCUGGGCCCGUGAGCCAUGGCCACUGAGCCUGUGCAUCCAGAGCCUGUGCUCCACAACGGGAGAGGCCACAACAGUUAGAGGCCCGUGUACCGCAAAAAAAAAGGGGUGCUGGGAAAACUGGACAGCUACAUGUAAAAGAGUGAAAUUGGAACACUCCCUAACACCAUACACAAAAAUAAACUCAAAAUGGAUUAGAGACCUAAAUGUAAGACCGGACACUAUAAAACUCUUAGAGGGAAACACAGGAAGAACACACUUUGACAUAAAUCACAGCAAGAUCUUUUUUGAUACACCUCCUAGAGUAAUGGAAAUAAAAACAAAAAUAAACAAAUGGGACCUAAUGAAACUUAAAAGCUUUUGCAGAACAAAGGAAACCAUAAACAAGACGAAAAGACAGUCCUCUGAAUGGGAGAAAAUAUUUGCAAACAAAUCAAUGGACAAAGGAUUAAUCUCCAAAAUAUAUAAACAGCUCCCGCAGCUCAAUAUUUAAAAACCAAACAACCCAAUCCAGAAAUGGGCAGAAGACCUAAAUAGACAUUUCUCCAAAGAAGACAUACAGAUGACCAAGAAGCACAUGAAAAGCUGCUCAACAUCACUAAUUAUUAGAGAAAUGCAAAUCAAAACUACAAUGAGGUAUCACUUCACACCAGUUAGAAUGGGCAUCAUCAGAAAAUCUGCAAACAACAAAUGCUGGAGAGAGUGUGGAGGAAAGGGAGCCUUCUUGCACUGUUGGUGGGAAUGUAAAUUGAUACAGCCACUAUGGAGAACAGUAUGGAGGUUCCUUAAAGAACUAAAAAUAGAAUUACCAUAUGACCCAGCAAUCCCACUUCUAGGCAUAUACCCAGAGAAAACCAUAAUUCAAAAAGACACAUGCACCCCAUGUUCAUUGCAGCACUAUUUACAAUAGCCAGGUCAUGGAAGCAACCUAAAUGCCCAUUGACAGAUGAAUGGAUAAAGAAGAUGUGGUACGUAUAUACAAUGGAACAUUACUCAGCCAUAAAAAGGAACGAAAUUGGGUCAUUUGUUGAGACAUGGAUGGAUCUAGAGACUGUCAUACAGAGUGAAGUAAGUCAGAAAGAGAAAAACAAAUAUCGUAUAUUAACGCAUAUAUGUGGAACCUAAAAAAAUGGUACAGAUGAACCACUUUGCAGGGCAGAAAUAGAGACACAGAUGUAGAGAACAAACGUAUG